AUGGGGAAGGGUAAAGCGAAGGUUGUCCCUCAGGAGAGGAGGGACUUCAAGUCGGACCGUUUUAACAGCAGUAACAGACCGAGAAGAGACUACGUGGAACAGUCCAGACCUACUGGGGUUCAGGUAGUCCAUGCUGUGUUCCGAGAACCAUUGCACAAGAUCCUGGAGAAGGUGAAAUGCGAACCCUUCUUUCAGUGGCCGAACAGGAUGGCAGGCGACCCCUCAAAACGCAAUCAGAAUCUGUACUGCGCGUACCAUCAGGAGCCCGGUCACACCACCGACGAUUGCAAGAAUCUGAAAAACCAUUUGGAUCGGCUUGUCCGAGAAGGAAAGCUGAGGCAUCUAUUGCACCGCCCUGAACAGUCAAAUGUCGAAACCAGACAAGGCACAUUGAGGCCACCCAUUGGCACAAUCAAUGUCAUUCUUGCCGCACUUGGGAGGACCGGUUCCAGCCAUUUCAGAGUAAUGUCAGUGGGCAGGUUCCCGACUAAGCCAGACGAAAGGGAAUCCAAGAGAGCCAAAGUGAGUGCCACGCCAUUGAUUGGGUUCACGGAGGAAGACAAGCAAGGAACCCUUCAACCCCACGACGAUGCCCUAGUCGUCAAGCUUAAAAUAGGAGGUUAUGACGUGAAAAGGGUGUUAGUUGAUCAAGGCAGCGCCGUGGAGCUCAAGGAAUACCUCGCCCGACCACAAAUCAUGUCCAGCCCCGAUGCCGACGAGGUGUUGUUCGCAUACAUCGCAGUAGCCUCUCAUGCGGUGAGCUUAGUGCUAAUCCAAGAAGACAACGGCACGCAGCGACUCGUGUAUUACGUAAGCAAAUCGCUGCAGGAGGCGGAGACCCGGUAUCUCCCCCUCGAAAAAGCUAUAUUGGCCAUCGUACAAGCCAUGCGGAAGCUCCCCCACUAUUUUUAG